AUGAAUGUCCUUGACCGUAUAAUCCUCUGCCUUUGCUUCCUACGAUUGCAAGAACAUUUGAUCACCCUCAGAGACAUCGAACUCUUCAUAAUUAUCUUUUUCCACCAAAUGCCAGGCUUUGCAUUCCAGCUCCGCGCAAUAUGCACCCUUCUUGCAGUACAAGCUGCUCUUGGUUCCCUACGAACGUUCAACUUCACCGUUCAUAGCGCCCAGCGCAGCCCAGAUGGGUACUUCCGUGAAGUCUACGUAAUCAAUGGACAGCAGCCCGGUCCGAUGAUUGAAGUUGACGAAGGGGAUGAUGUGGAGGUGUUCGUUCGCAAUGAGUUGCCAGUUAGCACUACUAUCCAUUGGCAUGGGAUACUACAGCGUGGAACGCCAGACAUGGAUGGGGUCCCAGGAGUAACACAGCACCAAAUACCACCUGGAGGAAAUUUUACGUACAGAUUUUCCGUGAAAGACGAGUAUGGGUUCUACUGGUAUCAUUCGCAUUUCCGCGCAUACUACAACGAUGCUAUACGGGGCCCACUCAUGAUCCGACCAGCACCCUCUCGUCGUCGACCGUUUGAAGACAUGGCUGCAAGCAGAGUUGAGCGUGAACAGCUGCUACAGGCUGAGAGGGAUGCGGUAUCUAUCCUCCUGAAUGACUGGACACACGAUCUGUCGGACACAAUCUUUAGCCGGUACCUCGAAACAGGUGCCUUCCCCAACUGUGUUGACAGUAUUCUGGCCAAUGGCCUGGGAAGGGUAGAAUGCCUGCCAAAGUAUAUGCUCGAUGCAGGCCCGGGGUUGGGCCUGACGGACGAAGUCAAUGCCACACACCACAACCCUACUGCGACAAUGGCCACAUCGGUAAUGCAAAUGCCAACGAUGGCGAGAAGAAUGGAAGAUCCCGCCGAUGACAACCCCCACGGCCAGAUGUCCAUGCCUCCAAUGAGCACAACCAACCCGUCAGAGUCAACCAUGUCCACAACGGGCGGGAUGACUAUGCCCAGCUCAGACACCAUGGGCGAGUCCGACACCAUGGGCGAGUCAAUGAGGUUGGGCCCUCGGGGCUGCAUGCCACCUAUGAUGUUCAGGCAGGGAUACGAUAUCAACUCGCUGCCAUCAGAGACAUGUGUGAACACAACAUCACAACAGUUAGUGGUCAACGCAAAUGUAUCUCAAGGAUGGCUUGCCCUCAACCUUGUGAAUUCUGGAGCUGUUAGCAACCUUAAGGUCUCUCUUGACAGUCAUUCAAUGCAUGUCUAUGCUGCAGACGGACUCUAUGUGACCCUGCAGGAGGUUAAGGUUCUUGAAAUCGCUCUCGGCCAACGAUAUUCUGUGAUGAUAAAGCUUGACCAGCCUGCCGGCAACUACUACCUUCGAUUCGCUACUUAUCCGAAUGGUGAUAUGCAGCAGGUCUUGGAAGGCCAGGCAAUAGUGUCCUAUAAUACCACCGGAAACGAUACACAGGAUAUCUCGGUUGAUCCAAUGUCUGUUUGGAUGUUGACUAACGGAUCCGCUACACAAGGGGCCAAUGAACUGGUAGAAUCACGUCUGGCACCGUUUGAGGGUAAUAGACCUCCCACUACAGUUGCCGAUGUCACUCGGUUCUUCAAUAUCAAUCAGACCGGCAUUGUCACCUGGGUUGUGGACCAGUAUCCGUAUACUGAACCAACGAUCCCAAUCAUCUACGGUAACAGGUCAGAUGGAUGGAAUUCGAACACCACCCUCCAUUUACCGACGAAUUCGACCGUCGAUAUCGUUAUGAAUGUGGCAAAUUCCUCGAUGGAUACGAUGGGCCAUCCAAUGCACCUUCAUGGCCAUAAAUUCUGGGUUCUAGGUUCUGGCAGUGGCUCAUUCCCUUACCAGUCGGUCGCAGAAGCGCCGUCGUCCCUUAUUAACCUCGACGACCCUCCGUACAGGGAUACCGCGAAUUUACCACCAUCAGGAUGGCUAGCAAUUCGCUAUAUCACCGAUAACCCGGGCGCAUGGAUACUUCAUUGCCAUAUCCAGUGGCAUAUUGUGUCUGGAAUGGCGCUGGUCUUAGUAGAGGGCGAAGAUCAGCUCGAUAGUUUGAUCCGGCAAGUCGCUCUCGGUACUGUGCUGAAUGCACUGGUCGUGUUUUCAUAG